AUGAGAUACAUUAAUGUCUUUCAGGGAGAUCGAGGUCAAGAUGGAGCCACUGGUCCACCUGGGCCCCCAGGUCCUCCUGGAGCCAGAGGACCCCCUGGAGAUACAGGAAAAGAUGGUCCUCGAGGACUUCAAGGCAUGGAUGGUCUAAAAGGAGAGCCAGGACCAGAAGGGGUGAUGGGCCCAAAAGGACCUCCAGGACUCAAGGGUGAACCUGGCAUGCCAGGAAGAAAGGGAGAUGACGGAUUGCCAGGACAACAAGGACUCCAGGGAUCCAUUGGGCCAAAGGGAGAGGAAGGGAGCCCUGGGCCUCAAGGAAAGAAUGGAACUGAUGGACCACCAGGAGCCAAGGGGGAGCCUGGUGAGAGAGGAUCUGAUGGCUUCCUUGGACCCAGGGGUCCACCUGGAGUAAAGGGUGAGCAAGGAGACACGGUGGUGAUUGACUAUGAUGGCAGAAUCCUGGAUGCUCUGAAGGGUCCUCCAGGUCCUCCAGGCCCACCUGGUCCUGCAGGAAGCCCUGGAGCAAAGGGAGAACUUGGAUUGCCUGGUCCUCCGGGAGUUGAUGGAGAAAAGGGUCCAAAGGGCUCUAAAGGAGACCAGGGACAGCCAGGACUGAUGGGACCAAAAGGAGAAAUUGGUGAAAUGGGCUUAUCUGGUCCCCCGGGUGUUGAUGGCCCCAAAGGCGAGAAGGGAGAAUCAGGGUCUGCGAGUCUUCAGGAGAGCCUGGCCCAGAUUCUAGCGGAACCAGGGCCACCUGGCUUACCUGGCCCCCCAGGUCCUAUGGGUCUUCAGGGAAUCCAGGGUCCCAAGGGCUUGGAUGGCGCAAAGGGGGAGAAAGGUGCCACCGGAGAGAAAGGCUCCAAUGGGCUGCUCGGGCCAGCUGGUCCACCUGGCCUAAUUGGAUUACCUGGAACAAAAGGAGAGAAGGGCAGACCCGGUGAGCCAGGUUUGGACGGCUUCCCGGGGCCCAGAGGAGAGAAGGGAGAGAGGAGCAAGCAAGGAGAAAAGGGGGACCGAGGAGUUCCAGGCAGAAAAGGAGCAAAGGGGCAGAAGGGAGAGCCUGGGCCGCCUGGAUUGGAUCAGCCUUGUCCAGUGGGGGCUGAUGGCCUACCUGUGGCAGGCUGCUGGCACAAGGGAGAAGGUGGCCAAGAAGCCCCAGCAGAUCACUGUAUCUGA